AUGGUAAACCAGCGCGUCAUCGAUCAAUACCAGCAGUACUAUUUGGAGACUAACUUCAAGCCCUUCAGCGCAUCAACUAUGCAACGCAUCCUGGUAUUGUGUUCAACAACAGUAAGAAAGUCUCUUCAAGGACUUGAUUAUCUAUCAGCGAAGGGAACUAAAGCACUAGAAGACAUGGCGACCAUUGCUGAAUCUCUGACCACUCAUGGAAGUGAUAAUCCAACAACAAAACGAUUAGAAAAAGUAUUCAAGGAAGGCAAGCAAUAUCUCAAAACGACUUUAAGGUAAUAUACAAUCACUACCAAUAAAUAUUUCUUUAUAAAGGGUUUUGACUCCAUAGUCUGCUAUGUUCAUCAAACCUAUCUUGGAGAAUAAGCGUAAAUCAUGACCAUCUUAAAAAUUAUGCGUUUUACAGCAUGAACCAUUAAGAUGGUGACCAAAUUUGGCAAGGUAUCGCCAAAACGGACGCGCGGCAAUAUUUUAAAAUGCCAAAUAAAUAAAGGCAAUUAUAGGAAAAAUUUAAAAUUUUGAAACCCUUUCUGUUCAUCAGUCUUCCAUAGCAGAUGAGUCGGGUUCAUAUUGAUGCAAGAUUGCACUUCGUGUCUUGAGAUAUUAUUUAUUCGAGCCUCCGAGCAGUCCCUCUAUUUCCCUUGUCCACUGUCCGCAGGGACAUUUGACUCGUAAACAAUUCUCCGCGGACAGUUAGCAAUGGGAAUAUAGGGAUUUCUUGCAGCCUAACAAAACUCUGAGGCACUUUAAUAUUGGGAAUGUAUGGAUAAGAAUUGGUAUUAUAACUAAAAAGUCAAAAGAUAGAUUAAAAAAGAAAGGCAUGUAAGAAGGCCGACCUUGUCCUUAUUGGCACUUCAAGACUAGACAGGCAUACACAUUACUAAUAGCACUUACUCAGGUUUUGUUGUUAUUGUUGUUGUUGUUUAUAUAGGUCCACGUAUCUCUUGCUUCAAGUGUUGCGGACCACUGUAUCACAUACGCGCUGAUACAAGACAAAGUGCGAACGGUUGUCUUAAAAGAGCUCGACGAUAAUUCCAUCCUCAUUACCCAGGACUGGCCAAUGAAGUUCUUGCCUCAAAGAUAUCGUGAAUCGCAAGCAGAUUGGUUUGCUAAGAGAGGUAUUUCUUGGCACAUUAUUGUCAUAGUCCGUAAGAAAAAUGGUAGAAUAUAGAGCCAGUUAAUUAUCCACGUUGUUAAAAAUACAAGCCAAAACAGUGAUGCAGUAGUAUGGAUCCUAAAGCAUGUACUCACAGUCUUAAAAAAGGAGCACCCAGAAGAGGGUCGACUUUAGCGAUCAACAGGGUGGCAAAGGUCCGUGCGACCGCAAGGCUACCACCACCAAAGGACAUGUUCGGCGAUAUGUGAAUGAAGGUAACGACGUUCUGACUGCCGCUGACUUCAAAGAUGCCACUCUGUCCCACGGUGGAGUAAGUGGAGUGAGGGGUGCCCUUCUUGACACCGUAAUAGAUGAAACAGUUGGCACGCAAGGCAAAUGGAAGGGGAUUAGCACACUAAAUAAUUUCAGCUACACAAACAACGGGGAAAGUAUCACUGUAUGGAGAGCUUAUAACGUAGGGAAAGGGAAAACCCUUCAGUGGUCUAAGGUACCAGGUGAGAAUCAAUAUGAAAUUAUCUUAAAUUGCACAACCACUAGUUAUAAACUAAAAAUACAUAUGAUCCUCUGCAAUGUUAAAAUUUAUGUUAGAAAUAUUAGUAUUCAAUGUUUUUCUGUUUAGUUCAAGUGAGUCUAUUGCCAAUAUCUUUGACUGCAAUAAAGCUUUCCUCUGGAGAUUUUGUGGAAACGUCAAAUCAAACGGUUACACAGCGCCCUGAAGUAUCAUUGGAGAAUACCCCAGUGGAAGUAGUAGAAGAAAAAGAGAAAGAUGAAGGUGAAGCCCGAGACGAAAGUGAAGAGGUAUUCCACAGUGGCUUAUUUUCAUGUCCCUCUAAAGGAUGCGUCUUUGAAUUCCAGAAGUAUUUGAAUCUCGAAUAUCAUAUUCUUUACGGCAAGUGCGGAAUAGUAGAAGAGAAAACUACCCUCAUUGAUAAAGCAAAGCUACUCUAUGUGCAAAAGCUGACAGAAGGAACAAGCACACAACCUCAGAUGGCCAGCUCCAAUGUACUGAUGUCAAGUUCGAACAAAAACUUUCAGAAGGCUGAGCACUGAAGGCGUCUAAGAAAUCAACGCAUUUCAUUGAAAACUAAUAGAAUUAUAUCGACGAAAAGUUCAAACUUGGCCAGGAAACUGGUUACAAAGAAGAUCCAUCCCAAGUUGCGAGUGAUAUGCGUCGUGCUAAAAAUGAAAAUGGUGAGCGUCGAUUUGCUGUUGGCGAGUUUUUAUCACCACAGCAGACAAAGUCGUAUUCCUCAAGGUCAGCAGCAAAGAUCAAACAGGUGGGAUCGGUAGCAGAAAUCGAUGUACCAGCCAUUGAUGAAGAAAUGGCACACUCCUCAGCUCGUGACAAGAUAAUUCAAGAGUCAUCCCAUUUUUUAUGA